AUUCUGAUUAUUUUAUCAAACCGAUAUAUUUAAUCUUAUGAAAUUUCUCACUUCCUUUAGAUAUAACUCACGAAAUUAGUAUCGGAGAAAAUAAAAGUUAUAAUUAGAGAGUUAUAACAAUUUUUUUCGUAAAUUUAACAUUUCAUAAAACAAAAUGCAAUGCUGUGGGAAACACCAAUGCUAUGGAAGAAGCACAAAGGUCAAGGACGGAAUAGACAAAGCCGAAGACUUCGAUUUAGAUUCCUUUGACUUAUCCGAACCAGGAUGCUCUUGCUACAGAGGUGAUGGAAAAAAUAAUGGAAACAGAACAUCUGUAUCCUUUUUGGAAUUGUUCCAGUUCUCAUCUGCAUCCGGAAAAGUCCUAAUGUGCUUAGGUAUCUUGUCAUCAAUAGCUUCUGGAAUUUUGCAGCCCCUCAAUACCGUUCUUUAUGGAACACUCACAGGUGAUGCUAUUACUUACGCCAUGGCUCAAAGAAAUGUUGCUUUAACUGAUGAAGAAAAACAGGCGGCUGAAAAAGUAUUUUUGGAAGCUACUGUAAGAUUUACAAAAUUGAAUCUUUCGUUGGCUUUUGGUAUGUUACUUUUGAGCUAUUUUUCAACAUUCAGCUUCAACUAUACUUCUAUGAAGCAGGUUUUUGUGAUACGGUGUAAAUAUCUGAAAUCAAUGUUAAAUCAAGAUGUCUCAUGGUACGACACAAACCAAACAGGGGAUUUCGCUAGUAGAAUGUCUGAGGAUUUGUGUAAAUUUGAAGAUGGAAUAGGAGAAAAAGUACCAAUAUUCCUACAGAACUUUUUCAUAUUGAUUACAGCCGUACUUAUUUCUUUGAUUAAAGGAUGGGAAUUGGCACUUAUUUCUUUAGUGGCUAUACCAGCAACUAUAAUACCUUUCAGCAUCAUGAACAAGUUAAACGCGAAAUAUGCAAAGAAUGAGAUGCAGGCCUAUGCUGAUUCAGGUGCUGUAGCCGAAGAAGUGAUAUCAUUGAUACCUACAGUGACUGCUUUCGGAGGGCAGCAAAAAGAACUAGAAAGAUACUCUAAGAAUCUGGUGAUCGCUAAAAAAAAUAAUAUAAAACGGGCGAUUUUUAAUGCUCUUGGAUUUGGUUCAAUGUAUACGCUAUUAUUUAGCAGCUAUGCUCUAGCUUUUUGGUAUGGUGUUGAUUUGGUGUUGAAAGAUAGAAAAAAUCCGAAUCCUACCUAUACCCCCGGGAAUAUGGUCACAGUAUUUACAAGUGUGAUGCUAGCUUCUCUAAACUUCGGUUCAGUAUUUCCUUUCAUAGAAAUAUUUGGAAUUGCAAAAGCAGCUGCAGUGAAAAUAUUCAACGUUAUUGAAACUCAACCAACGAUUAAUUCAAAGGGAAACCACAAUCAACCCAUUGAGGAAGAAUCAGGAACCAAAGAAACUUUUUUACCUAUCGAUAGUGAAGGGAAUCAAGCAAAAACUGAAUUUUUAAUUCAAAAGCGAUCAAUUGGUAAUGAGAGUAUACCAUUAUUAGAUAUACUCAAACAAAACAUUAUACUUGAUUCUUUUCGAGGAAGUAUUCAAUUUAGGAAUGUUAAGUUUCACUAUCCGUCAAGAUCUAGUGUAACGGUUUUAAAAGGGAUAAGUUUCAAUAUUAACCCCGGAGAAACUGUAGCAAUAGUAGGAAGUUCAGGUUGUGGAAAAUCAACAAUUGUACAAUUACUCGAAAGAUUUUAUGAUCCAAUUUCUGGAGAGAUAUACGUCGACGGCGUAAAUAUCAAGAAAUUGGAUACGAAAUGGUUCAGGAACCAAACCGGAUUGGUUGGACAAGAACCUGUUCUUUUCGAUACUACCAUAAUGGAAAAUAUUAAAUACGGUAAAGAAGGAUCGACCGAUGAAGAAGCUAUAGCUGUAGCUAAAACGGCCUACGCCCAUGAUUUUAUCAUGAAACUACCAGACGGUUACAAGACAGUAGUAGGUCAAAAAGGAAUGUUGCUAUCCGGUGGCCAGAAACAAAGAAUAGCAAUUGCCAGAGCUUUAAUUAGAAAACCCAAAUUGUUGCUACUUGAUGAAGCUACUUCAGCUUUUGAUAAUACUACUGAGGCGAAAGUUUUAGCUGCUCUAAAUAUGGCAACUGUUGAUUGUACGACGAUAAUUGUAGCCCACAGAUUAUCCACAGUUAGAAACGCAAAUAAGAUUAUAGUACUCUCAGAGGGAACAGCCGUAGAAGAAGGCACACACGUUGAACUAAUGGCUUUAGGGGGCACUUAUUUCAAACUUGUCAAUGCACAAGUUUCCACUGAUAUCGAUGAUUCAACUGAAGCGAUAUAUAACGAAGGAAGUAUUGAUGAGGUAGAUGAAGAGAUAAUUAUUGAAGAACAAGUUGAAGAUGAAGAAAUUGAUGUAAAUGAAGUCAAUAUAAAAACGGGAUUCAAAUUUUGCGAAGUAUUGAAAUUGAACUCGCCUGAAUGGUUUUAUAUUUUGAUCGCUUCGUUGGCAUCCAUAGUAUCGGGUGCAGGAAUUUCAACUUUCGGUGUUAUAUUUGGUAGUAUUUUGGGAGCCUUGUCUCUAGUUGAUCCCUGUUGUAUUCGGAUCUACACAAAGCAUUAUUGUUGGUAUUUUGUAAUAGCUGGAGCAAUAAUGACAGUGUCUGUUUUUAUCCAGACAUCCUUCCUUGGUAUCGCCGGAGAAAGAAUGACGGAAAGAAUACGAAUAAAAAUGUUUAAAACGAUCUUAUUCAAAGAAAUGAGCUUCUUCGACAGAAAAUCUAAUGGAGUUGGAGCUCUGUGUGCAAGACUAUCUGGAGAUGCUGCUAGAAUUCAAGGAGCAACUGGACAACGUAUAGGACAAAUUUUCCAAUCUUUAGCUGCAUUUAGUGUAGCUCUUGGUAUAUCCGCCUACUUCCAGUGGAGGCUAGCGCUAGUAGCAGCAUGCUUCAUUCCCUUUAUGGUGUUCGCAAUUUUCAUAGAAAAACGUAACAGUGCGGGAAUGAAUGAUACUAGAGGCGUAUCCCUGGAGCAAUCGACAAAGUUGGCAGUUGAAGCAGUGAGUAAUAUAAGAACUAUAGCGGCACUCGGUUUGGAAAAUAAAUUUUGCAAGAACUACAUUUUGGGUAUUUUAUCCUACUAUAGUGCAACAAAACCUUUACAUUUACGAGGACUAGUAUUCGGUCUAUCGAAAAGCUUAUCUAUAGUUGCCCAGUCGGCGACAUUGUAUUACGGAAGUUUCCUUGUUAUCCAAGGUUUAGCGUACGAAAAAAUGUUUAUGGUAGCGCAAAUGAAUCUAAUGGCAACCAUUGCUGUAGCUAAUUCUCUAGCAUUUUCACCCAAUUUAAUGAAAGGUAUACAAGCAGCAUUACGGGUUAUAAACUUUACAACCAAAAGAUCCACCGGUAGAAGUCUACCAGAUUUAGUUAAUUUAAAAGAGAUAAAUGGUAACAUCAACUUUUCGGAAGUACAAUUUUCAUAUCCGACUAGACCCAAUAAUAAGAUACUGCGUGGUCUCAAUUUGAAUGUACUCAAUGGUAAAACAGUAGCAUUAGUUGGAGAAAGCGGUUGUGGAAAAUCUACAAUUACCAAAAUCAUUGCUAGAUUUUAUGAUCCAACUUCUGGAACAGUACAAAUAGAUGACGUGAAUAUAGAAAAAAUACAUGUUCCGUUCUUGAGAUCAAAAUUAGGUAUUGUAUCACAAGAACCGAAUUUAUUUAACAAAACCAUUCGUGAAAAUAUAGCUUACGGAGACAAUUAUAGAAAAGUUCCUAUGGAAGAAAUCAUACAGGUUGCAAAGAUGGCUAAUAUUCAUAACUUCAUUGCCGGAUUACCAAGGGGAUAUGAUACAAAACUUGGUGAGAAAACAAUUCAAUUGUCAGGAGGACAAAAGCAGAGAAUAGCUAUAGCACGAGCAUUGAUUGGAAACCCAAAAAUGCUUCUUUUGGAUGAAGCUACAUCAGCGCUAGACGCGGAAAACGAAAAGAUUGUACAAGAAGCCCUGGAUCUAGCUAAACAAGGAAGAACUUGUAUUAUGAUUGCCCACAGGCUUACGACCAUUCAAGAUGCAGAUUUAAUAUGCGUGAUUCAUAAGGGAGUUAUUGUUGAAUCUGGAACUCAUAAGGAAUUAUUAGAUCAAAAAGGUCUUUAUUAUAAACUAUAUAAUCAAAAAAAUGUAGACAAUUAAUUAUAAAAAAUUUUAAUAAACGUUUUGUUUUAUAAACUUC